GGAAGUUGUCAUAAGCAGCUAAAAGGAGCUGCAGAUCAGGACUGCUGAUUGUAAAACCUGAAAAUAACUCUCUAUGCUUGCUGUGACGAAUCGGAUCAAACGCUAUAUAAACACCUGAACCCGGAGAGAAGCUUCAAGACAGAGUUUAAGUAGCGGCAUGGAGGGGUUUGGAGGCGGUGUGUUUCACAAUGAACAGGACCGAAAUGAAAACAUGAACCGCACACACCCACACGAGAAAGGGUCGUUUUUGGUGCUGCUUCUCCUUUAAGACUUGACAGUAAACGCCCACUGUUAUGAUUGGCUCUUGACUGACCUGCUCUCUCAUUGCCAUCUCACUGCUCACCGCUAGUGGGCGGGUCUACAGAAGUGAUAAGGUAAAGUAGGUAUUGAUGUGUUGUUGUGGAGGCGGUCAGAUGCAAAUGUCUAUCACAGUGUGACAUCACAAUGUGGAGGAAGUAGAGAAUGAGUUGUUUUGGCAGCUUGGUUUCAACAAAUGCUCGUUUUGCAGUGAGGAGGAAGUUUUGUGUUCUGAAAUUUACAGUAUGUUGUAUAGCACAUUGACCUCUUAAAUGUCAAAAGAUCAAGGGAAAUUUUAUUCCACAUGUCAUGACCCCUUUAAUAGAAGUCAUCAGCUGCUUAAUGUUGAACUGCAGAAGGUAAAUUGUCUCAUAUAGAAACAACACUAUCGGGUGAUUCUCACAAAACCUGUAAAAAUGGUCCUAUCUUACACCACAAAUCAAAAGAAACCCCAAUUCUCAUUACCGCAAUAUGUAAAAAAAAAAACAACAAUAUAUUAUUGAAAUUUUAAAGAAUUUAUACAUCAUAAUAGUACGUACUUAUUGCCUUUCAUUUUUACUGAUUUUAAUCAAGAAAAUCAUUGUACGGGGGCCUGGGUAGCUCAGCGAGUAAAGACACUGACUACCACCCUUGGAGUUCGAAUCCAGGGUGUGCUGAGUUACUUCAGCCAGGUCUCCUAAGCAACCAAAUUGGCCCGGUUGCUAGGGAGGGUAGAGUCACAUGGGGUAACCUCCUCGUGAUCGCUAUAAUGUGGUUCUCGCUCUUUGUGGGGCACGUGGUUGGUUGUGCGUGGGUGCCACGGAGAAUAGCACGAAGCCUCUACAUGCACUGUGUCUCCGCGGUAAGAUGCGUGGAUUGACAGUCUCAGACGUGGAGGCAACUGAGAUUUGUCCUCCGCCACCUGGAUUGAGGCGAGUCACUAUGCCAACACGAGGACUUAAGAGCACAUUGGGAAUUGGGCAUUCCGAAAAGGGGAGAGAAAAAAAAAAGAGAAAAUCAUUGUACAACUGCAUUUUUUUUGUAAUACAGUUAAAACAUAACCUUGUUACAGUAAUGAGAAUCAUCAUUGAAAACAAUUGGAAUAGUAAAAAAAAAAUUCCGAACGCGUUGUGGUAAUGAGAAUUGGUGGUAAAAUGUGCUUAAGAGUCCUGAAAACAAUUUCCCAAUGCAAAAAAUAUUAUUGCUCCUAAAUCUAGGCUUCAUUUUCCUUAUGCAAAAUAAAAUUUAGUAUUUUUUCGUGUUGAUUUGGGAUUAAAUAUGAUUAGGAUAUUUUUUGGGUUUUGUGAAAAUAAAUGAAAAUCCACCCCAGCAAUCUUUGUAUAAUAUUUUUAAAUCCUUAGCCUGCAAUUAUAACCAACUGGAAAGGUAAUGAAAAAGUCAAAAAGUGUGGAAAUCCAGAAAGUUGUAAUGUGACUAUCACUGUGGACUGGAACGGUUACAAAAAUGGAGCAUAAUUCUUUGCCCAGACUAGCAAUAUAUGAAAAUUAGUUUCAUAUACAGACUGUAAUAUUUUUUUUCUUAGACAUUGUGACUGAUUCUAUCUCUGUGGCCCAUCACAGUCCAGUGCGGAGAGCAUGGCGUCUCUGUGCCAGCAUCAGCAGCACUGUGUGAAGGCCUCAAUCAGGUCACAGUGGCAGCUGGCAGAGGCACAGAACCAGCUGUGCGGUCUGGAGCUUCACAGCUCGGAAUCUGUAGAGCAGGAGCAUGCUCGAGCCCUCGCCUCAUCCACUGAACUCUCACAGACCGAAAAGGAGUGGAGGCAUAAAGAGAGCAUGCUGGGAAGGAGCCCAAUGCUGUGUCCAGAUGCCAGCCGAGAUGUGUUCAACAAGAGUAUCAUAAACAAUUCACAGUUUUGGCCUAAUGAAACGGAUCAUGAUAAAAGCUUAACCUUCGUCCAACGUAAUGAAGAGCUCUUGAAACAUUUGGGCAUGUUGAGGAGGUGGGAUGAUAGUCAGCGCUUUCUAUCGGAGUACCACCAUCUCAUCUGUGAAGAAACAGCCAAUUACUUGAUCCUGUGGUGCUUCCGACUACAGGCAGAGCAAAAAGAGGCCUUAAUGGAGCAGGUGGCUCAUCAGGCAGUCGUCAUGCAGUUUAUCCUGGAGAUGGCUCGAAAUGCUCAGCAGGAUCCACGAGGCUGCUUCCGUCAGUUCUUUCAGAAAGCCAAAGCAGGGCAAGAGGGAUACUUGGACGUCUUCCACACAGAACUCGAGGCCUUUAAGCAGAGAGUAAAGGAGUACACUAUGAAAUCUAAAGGAGAAAUCCCAAAGGAGACAACACACCUAAAUACACCGGCAGGCUGUCGACUCGACCCCAAAGAGGUCCUGGAUUCUUUGCCACCGGAGCUGAAAACAUGCAUCCAGAUGCAAGAUAUGCAGAUUCUUCAGAAUGUUCUGAGCACCAUGAACCCACAGGUAACACAGGUGGCAGAAUAUCAUGUGAAGCGUUGCUUGGAAGCUGGACUUUGGACAAAUACACCCAGAGCCUCUAAAGAGGAGAGUUCAGAAACAGACGAGUGGAGAAUGAUGGAGAUCUCGCAGUGAAAAGACACUCCCAAUCAGUCCAUGAAACUUCAGUAGGAAACCAGCUUUGGGUCAGAGGACAGGAAGACAAAGGGCUCUGCUCAAAGACUUUUGUUUAAUCCGUGCCUGAAUGUGUGCUGCACUUUAUUUUUGUUUAAAAGAGAAAGUAUUUUAAAAAAGGACAAGGAACUGUAUUUUGGGGCACUUAUAUUUUUGUGCACAAUUUUUGUUACAUUUAAGUUGAAAAAAAAAAAAAUAUUUCUGUUUUAACAGUUUAGGAAAGUGAGACACGCUCUAAGCAGAAGUGCAAAUAGUUCUCCCAUGAAGAGUGUAAACCUAUUCUUUGUUUGAACAUUUUAUCAAAUGGCAGUUUUUAUAUUCCACCAUUGGAUUAUGAUCAACAUGUCCACUAAACAUUCAACUGUAGCUCCUAUCUGGAAACUGUUGCAUGUGUCACACACGCAUUGACGCAGUAGAUUACAGUCGGCAUCCUGCAGAUAGGCUAACGACACUAAAGCGAAGGAGGACCACCCACUUUGCUUGCAUUCUCUGAGAAGCAUUUGUAAGAAUUUUAUGAUGUUCCAAUGAUUUGAAAAGAUGCGAUAUUUAAAGGAAAAGUUCUCCCCAAAAAUGAAAAUUCUGUCAUUUACUCCCCCUCUUAUAUAUUCCAAACCUGCAUGACUUUCUUUCGUGGAACUAUUGUAAAUGCUUUAAAGCCGUAUUAAAGCUUUGUGUGAGGAACAGACUGAAAUUUGGAAAUUUAAGUCGUUAUUCACUGAAAAUCUUCCCCUCCGUCUUAGCUCUCAAAUCUCAUUUGCACUUCCGCAUAUUCAAACUUUGCAUGUCAAGACACGUCACGCCAGGUUCAACGGCAGUGAUGCCAAAUGUCAGUGGUUUUUGUAUGUCUCGUAACCGAAUGCAUUGAGGCAAGUUUGAAAAUAAAGCGCAAAUACGAUUUCGGAGGGUACGAAUUAUUUUAUUUUGGUAUGUUGCUAUCGUAUGGCUUUGAAAGACUUUGAAUAUAAUCCAUAAGUCGUAUGGACUCCUUUUAUAGCAUUUUAGAAUGGUUUAGCUUGUUUUUGUGUCAUUUUAUGGAAAAAGCAGUGUGAACAUUCUUUAAAAUGUAUUUUCAUUUUGCGUUCUAUGGAAGAAAAAGUUAUGUGGGUUUGGGACGAUUUGAGGGUGAGUUAUUGAUGACCGAAUUUUCCCUUUUAGGUGAACUAUUUCUAAUCAAAGGAAUAUUCCGGGUUCAAUACAAGUUAAGCUCAAGCAACAGCAUCUGUGGCAUAAAUGUGAUUACCACAAAAAAUUAUUUCUACUCAUCCCUAAUUUUAUUAAAUAUAAUUUUAUAAAAGCACUUGCAUUAAUUCUUCUUUUAAAACUUGUGUAUUAUUUGAGCUGUAAAGUUGUUUAAAUCAUAAUUUUUACAGUCAUUUUAGGGUUUGUUGACGUACAUCAUCAUGUCAACGAAGUUGUAAAAUUAGCUGUAACUUUACACAGAAAAGUUAGUAAAAGAUUAUCAUUAUUAAAAUCAUGUUUACAUGCAUAUUGUUUGUCUUUUGGCUAUACUUUUUAAACCGUGGGUAUUUUACAGAUUGGCUCCAUUCACUUCCAUUGUGAGUGCCUCAUUGUAAACCCAGGUUUUUGCUUUUGUUUAAAGAAAAGUAGGGAUGAAGUAGAAAUGAACUUUUGUGAUAAUCUGCAUUAUGCCACAAAUGCUGUUGAUUGAGCUAAACUUAUAUUGAACCCGGAACAUUCCUUUAAGUUUCUUUUGAUUACACUGAAAGAGAUUGAAUACAUAUUCACUAGAUCAAACUGUAAACCAAAUACUCAAGGCUGUUGAGUUUUAAGAUAAUGGAGAUACAUGGUGUUGAUCUGUCUUUUGGUCUUUAUUAAUAUCACCUUUCAUGUUAAGAAUACAACUUUAAGAAAUGCCAUUUUGCCUCGCCAUCAUUUUAGGCCAGUAACAAAUUGAAUUACAUUAAUUGCAAUAAUUGUAUUGAAACCUCCAGCUGCGUAACUCAUUGAGCCAGUCUACAUUGCCUGUUUCUGCACACAGAGCAUAUACAGCAAACCAAGAAAUUAUGUAACUGUAAAUUAUGGGUUGAUAAUAUUGUGAAAGUCUUUGCAAUCCGAACAAUAUCCUAAACCAAUUAAACCUUUAGAACAAUU